AUGAAUCUGGUCGCUGUCUACGCCUUGAUCCGUAUGCUUUGGGCAUUCCUGCCUCCGAGUCGGCUGGACAUCUCCCAAUUCGAGGUUCAUUCCUUACCAGACGUCCCUGCCUCUUCUCUUCCUACCAGUUGGGCCGGUCGGAUUCCUGUUCCUGAGACCGAGCCCGGCAACUCGUUGUUCUUCUGGCUCUUCCAGGCCGAAGACCCUGCGCAUGAUGAUAACCUUAUCAUAUGGUUCAAUGGCGGGCCUGGAUGCUCGUCUCUGAUCGGACUGCUGUCUGGCAAUGGGCCAUUUGCCUUCGUUGGCAAGUCCACCGAGCUCGAGCGCAAUCCCCACUCGUGGACGCAGCUGGGACAUGUUCUGUAUAUCGACCAACCCGUGGGGACGGGAUUGUCCACGGCGAGUGAGCCCUAUCCACUGUCCGACAACGAGGGAGUGACGUCCUACCUCUACGCAUGGCUACAGUCUUUCUUCGCCCAUUUCCCUCAGCUCAAGUCCAAGCAGAUCCACCUGAUGGGCGAGUCCUACGCCGGUAUAUACAUCCCCUACCUUGCCUCAGCCAUUGUGCACCAUCAGGCCUCCUUCCCGCUUCAUCUACGCUCCAUCUCCCUCGGGGAUGCGACAUUUGGCAACUCCAUCGCCAUGUCCACCAUCCCCACCGUAGCAUACAUGCGCUCCCAGCAAUCGCGUCUACGAGUUCCACCCGAGAUUCUCGACGCGUUCAUUGAAGGCGAUUCCAUCUGCAGAUUUGACCAAAUCCUACACCAAGCCGCACAAUAUCCGCCCGAGGGACCCAUCCCCAUCCCCAACGAUGCAGAGGACGAUAAAGAGACACCAGACCAGCAAACAUGCAGCAGCGACACAGCAGCAGCAGCAGCAGCAGCAGCAAUGCAACCCCCUCUGAUUACCCCCGAAGAAAUCCUCUCCUCCAUUCUUAACUCCACCACCUGCGAUGGGUCUUGCGCGACAUUCUCCACAGCAUCAAGAUACCUCUCCACCACCGCGCAGAACCACCAUCAGUGUUUCGACGUGUACGACAUCACCAACAAUUGUACCAACCUCAACCCACUGCCCCUACUAUCUUCAUAUUUCAGCCGAUCCGACGUCCAAGUUGCACUGAAUCUGCUCCCUCCGUCUCCUUCCUCCCCUGUAUCUUCCCAACCUUCAUCAUCUCAAUCCUCGCAUCUUCCAUCCCCGGCAAACAACCCGAAAACCUACCUCCCCUGCAACGACACCAUCCGCACUCUGGUCCUCAAAGACGGCCAACUGCCCCAACCGCCGGCGGACACCAUCCUCCCCGACCUCAUCACCACCCACCACAUCGCCCUCCACGUCUAUGCCGGCGACAGCGACUUCCUCCUCAAUCACUAUGGCAUUGAACUGGCCCUGCAGAAUAUGACCUGGCACGGCGGCCAGGGGUUCUCGCGCCCGUUCACGGGUAAUUAUUUCCAUGUAGACGAUGCGGGCUUCCUGCAUACCAGUAGCUGUGAUGACCCAUUAUCACCACCAUCGGUGGCAGCGGGUCUCUGGACCUCCUCGCGAGGUGUCACCUACCAUCUCUUCUGGGGCGCAGGCCAUGCGGUAUUUGCUAAGAAGCCCCGAGAAAUGUUUGCUUUUGUGAGGGAUGUUGUUCUGGACUCUUCGCAAUUGGAUUGA